AUGGCUCAACCAAUCAAUCCACCUGUUCCAUUGACCCCUCCUAAUUCCUCAAACAACCCGGUCGAUCAUCCCCAAUCCGUUCGCCGAGAAUCAACUCGUCUUCGUACUCCUAGCUUACGGCCAGGGUUCAUCUCCACCCAAGGCGAUUCUUGCCGUGCUCUAGUCCCCAGCAGUCCCGCUAUUUCCACCAAUCGGUCCCAGGUCCAAGCUCAAAAAAAGAAGAAGAAUGUUGUAAAUAUUGUUGAAGAUGAUGGAGAAUCCGAUUCCGAUACAAAUUUCCCACCAAACAGCCGAUCAAAAAGCCCAACAAACCUGUUGGCAGGAACCAAGCAAGUUGCCAGCCGUACUGGGAUUGAAGUCAUCAUUGAUCAUGCUCAAGAUUCGGAUUUAGAAAAUGAAAGGCACACCAAAACCCGUAAAAAGAAGGAUCCAACUAAAGAUAAAGACGGUUUCGAUCAUGCUCGGCUCUUCUUUUAUUUCCCAGGUAGUGGUCCAAAGCAGAAUCCCAACGGCACUGCCUGGGCCUGUCGAUGGUGCCCAAAUGAAUUCAAAGCCUCUGGAGGAUCUUAUUACAACCUCAAGUCUCACCGGGAUGGAGCGAACAUCAAGGGCUCACUACGAUCUGCUUGCCCCGGUCGCGGCAAAGCCAUCAAAGAGGGAGCCCACCUUCCUCCCACUGCCGCUGAAGAAAAAAAAACACGAGCCGCUGGAGAGGGAACCCUGCUUGCAUUGUGGUCAUUAUUCCUGUGUAUGAAGGAAGAAAAUUCAAAAUUUUAUUAUUUAUCAAUGAAGGACUCAAGAUAUGGACAAAUGGACGUCAGAAAUGCAAUCUACGGCCAAUUUAACCCCUAG